CGUGCUAUCAUGAAAACUAAAAGAUCUGCUUGGUUAAGUCACACACGCAAUUUGCUAUAUGAGCCUAUAAAUUCAUCGCAAUUAUCAGAAAUUGCCCAUUAGAGUAUCUCGUAUCUCCAUAGAUUGUGAUAGUUUUAACAUAAUGCGGCUUGAUAGGUUAUUAGUUUUAGUGAUAGUGUGUAGUGUUAACGCAAAAAAUCAGACAGAUGAAGUGAUUAGUACGAAGGAAACGUUUAAUAAAUUGGAGCUACAGGAUUGCGUGAAUUCGGAUUCAAUAGUCUCCUGUCUCGCUUCGAAAGCCGCUUCAGAGAUAGAACAUUCGAUGAACAAAAACAUUCCCCUUUUUGGAGACGUCAAAUUGUUGAGAAAUAAUGAAAAAAUUUUCUCGAGAAGAGGCAGAGCCCUAGAUGGUGUUGACAGAUUUUUCAGAGCUGUGUCAGACUUUAUAGAUACUCACACCUUUUCUAUAGAUCUGACGAAUUCAAGUGCUAGGGCUCUGGAUGAAGAUGAAGAUGAUGAUAAAGAACUACCAAAAAGAGGAGGAGGGGGAGGAGGAGGUGGUGGUGGCUUUGGAGGUGGCAUUUUCGGUCUAACUGGACCUUUAGUGAUGAAAAUUCUGGGCAUCAUGGCUGCAAAAUCGCUUUUAGCUGCCAAAGCAGCUUUGAUUAUAGUAGGCAGCGUUGCUCUUAAAAAACUGUUCGAGAAUAAUCAUCAUGAAAAACCCAAAAUCAAAGUAACUACCGUACCGAUACACGAAGAAGACGAUGAACACGACAGAUUAAGUUAUUCUUUUAAUCACAUUCCUUAUGGAUACGCUUCUUAUGGAUUUAGCCCUUAUUAUCAUGAACCAUAUUCUGCGCAUCAUCCGGGAAAUAGUAUAAGCGAUAAUAAUGAUUUUGAACCAGUACUGUAUGGUAAGAAAGCGGUUUCCUGA